AUGGGAUCCCAAAGCUCAUUGACGGAGGAUGGAGGAAGGUUGUCGGCGGUGGAGUGGGCUCCCUGCUAUGCCUCUCCCAAUCAAGAAUGGGUUGUGGAAUGGAGGAGUUGGCUCCCAAAUCCAGGAGGAAACUUCGGUGAAGGUGGCUACGUGAAAUUCGGCUUGAGGAAGAAGCGGCGGCCAGUAACUAGCCAUGAAUCUAAAAGAUCGCACCUUGUCAAAAAAGGACAGCAAAAGUUGAGCAAGAGAGCUUUGGUUUAUGAUUCUGCUAGAUCUGAACCUCUGUGGAAGGGGCUGCUGCAGAGGGAGGAAGAACUCCCUGCAUCUGGGACACCUUUGCACACGAAGGAUAAAUUUCGGAGAACAGAGGACAAAAGAACUGAAGACAUAGCAGCUGAUCAGUAUCACAAGUACAAGGUCGAUCAUGGUAGAGGGCUAGUUAAUCCAGAAGGGGUGCAGUAUUAUAAUAACUUGAUCAAUGAACUCAAGAAAUAUGGAAUUGAACCUCAUGCCACUCUUCUUCACUUUGACCUCCCCCAAUCUUUGGAAGAUGAAUAUUCUGGACUCUUGAGCCCAAAGAUUGUAGAGGACUUCACUGCUUAUGCUGAUGUGUGCUUUAGAGAGUUUGGGGAUAGAGUGAAAUACUGGAUCACUGUCAAUGAGCCAAACAUUGAACCCAUCCUUGGCCAUGAUCUGGGAAUAUUUCCACCAAAUCACUGCUCUUCCUCCUUGGCCUCUUCCCUUGGCCUCAAUUGCAGCAAAGGGAAUUCAUCUGUUGAACCAUAUGUAGCUGGUCAUAACCUUUUGCUUUCUCAUGCAUCAGCAGUCUCCCUAUACAGAAAGAAAUAUCAGCCAAAUCAAGGGGGAUAUAUUGGAAUUACCUUACUAGGGAUCUGGUUUGAGCCAGCUACAAGAUUACCAUAUGAUAUAGCAGCAGUUAAUAGAGCACUCGAUUUUCUAAUAGGCUGGUGAGUAAAGCAAACAAUACACU